AUGACAGAUUACACAAUUGAGCCAGAAAAAACGGUAUUUGAUUAUUUAAGCGUUAACGCUGAGGAUGGCGAGGAAGUGGAAGAAGAGGAAGAAUUUUCUUAUAUUAGACAACUCGAUAAAGUAAGGAUACUACCCGAACCAGUAGAUUUAACACAUGAGCACCUAAAAGAGAUUGGAUAUGAACUGGGUUUGAUUAAAUUAUGUUGGCCAGAAAUAUUGGAACCUUAUUUUGAAGACCGCACAAACUUUCCAGUGCGAUAUAUUAAGAAUAAUGAAAAGGAGAAACUAAUACUUUUGUAUGCUGAAAAUUUUAGAAAACAGUUCAGUUUCAAAUAUCCCGAGAGAAAACCGUUACUAUUAGCAGUCGAAAAUGAAUGUGGAAUUUUAAAAAUGGUCUGUACUACCUUACGUCCCACAAUGUUACCACACCCUGAACUAGAAACUUGGGAGGGUUGUGCUAGUUUUAUAGCAGAUCAUAUAAGGUUUGAACCAAAUGAAGAUAUGCCCACAUUCUUACCGAGGCGAUUGUAUUCUCCACAUACUACAUUAUUGAGACAAAGUGGCCAAUCUUUUGAAAUUGCAACCCUCCUUUGUUCUGCUUUAAUCGGUGUAGGAUAUAACGCUUUUGUCGCAUCAGGUUAUGCCAUUAAAGAUGUAACUUUAAGGAUUAUGGUUCGUGUUGAUUGUCCUUUUCCCCCUUUUAAAGAAGAAGAAGAGAAGCCGGAAGUUAAAUUUGUCGAAGAAAAGUACAAACUAAAACCGCCUAGAGACCUCAGAAGUAAAUUUCUCAUGAUGAUGGAGAAGAGAGAAACGGAUAAGCUGUUGGCACAACAAGCAAAGAUCAUAGAAGAAGAACAGGCACAAAGAUUGGAAGAAGAAGCCCGUCCGCCCGACGAUUUAGAAGGACAAAGAACACAUGCCUGGGUUAUAGUAUUACCCCCAAAUAAACAAAUUCAGGAACCCUUCUUUAUUGAACCUAGUACAGGAUUUUCUCACCCAUUAACAACAGAUAUUUAUUUGGGAAUCGAAAGCAUCUGGAACCAUCAAAAUUAUUACGUAAAUUUACAAGAUUGCUGCGAGGGACUAUCAAAUAUCAAUUUUGAUUUACAGAAUAAUGAGAAAUGGAUACAUUUUUUAAUAGCUGAGCCCCUGUUCCAGCGACAACAUCGGCCCAGAGAAAUAGGAGAUGAUGAUCUCGAUGCAACCGAAAUGUUGGAAGAGAAGCAUCUUGACAUGCCGACGUCUUGGUCAAUGAAGUUGAAUGUACCACACGAAAUAUUAAAAAAGCGGUUUCCAGAAGGAUGUAGAACUACACAAUUUAAACGCGUUUUCGUUGAAGAAUAUGCUCCCUUUAUUUCUUGCGAUGGACUUGUCAGUAGAAUCACGAGAUUUAAAGAUUUUGACUGUAAAAUACCAGAAGUUAUAGAAGAGGUAUAUGAAUAUCGUCGUGAUAAAUUUAUAAGAAGUAUUAGCAAGUGUGAUACGAAUGUGAUAACAGAUUAUUUUGAUAAAGGAAGAGAGGAUGCGGUUAUCAAACAUAUCUAUAUUCGUAAUGAAGAUGAUGUUCAUGCAAAAAGAACUAUAUUUUUUAACCAUGAAGGUCGAUAUGAUGCGUUACAUAAAAUUGAAGUAGAUCAAAAUGAAAUAACCGAACAUUAUAAAAACAGAGAUGAUAAGUUAUACUAUAGACAAGUUUUUUACGAAACUAAUGAGGAAUCAACAGUAAAAAUUGGAGGAGUUCUUAGACGACCAAUCUUUAAAAUAAUUCAAAAAUAUGAACGUGAUGAAAGCAAACCUUCUUAUGAAGAUAUAGCAACUCGCGAGUUUGCUAUCGUUGCAAGGGAAAUAAAAAUUAAGUUUCAUUACGGCAAAAAUAACGUAACUGCUUCCACCAGAAUAUUCAUAAAACCACCGAUUUCAGAAUUUGGAGAGGAAAUGGUAUUCGAUCCAGAACUUACCUACGGAUAUCAGGCGGAGAUCGGACUUAAACGACCUAGACAGUUAGCCCUUUUUUUAAUGUUUGAGGACCAGUUAAAAGAAGAAGCAACAGUUAUUAAUAACAUAAGAGAUGUCGAAGCCCAGAUAUCAGAAUUUUUACUAACACGAGCACGGGAAAUGGCAUUUUCCAAACUUGAUGUUCCCUUAUUUAAUAAAGAACAAAAUGCUGAAUAUAGACAAGCCAUGCUUGAUAAAGAAAAACUGGCAAGAGUUUAUAAGGAAAAGGAAGUUGAGGAAGAAAUAGAUUAUUUUGCUCCAUAUCUAGCUAGAUUUGGCACUCUUUUGAGAUUAACACCAAAGCAAGCCAAAGAAUCCAGGGACGCUUGUUUGGAAGAAUUUAAAGAUUUGUUAGUAAAUAGAGCAAAUAACAUUCAAAAAACUUUUGAGAAAAUGAACGAGAGGUUGCAAGCAAAGAAGCUUUAUUAUACUACCAACCACGAUAUUUUGUCUGAACAAGAGGAAGCUUGUUACUUCGAGGAAGUGAACAAUAUUAUGUUAAUUAUGAAAACGUUACAAAUCAGAUUAAAUAGACACAAAGAGUUGGCAGCGAUCAGAUACCAGCUGAUGGUCGACUAUUUGGAUAAGCAUCCUAAAUUAAUAACACAGAGCCAAACCAAAAGUUUAACAUAA